CUUGAACAUCUUCCCGCGAUAUUUCCCAUUCGACACAUAUUCCGAGAUUUUAGCAUCACGAUGGACUCGCGAGCAUCCUUCACGACAAUGACCGAAAUAGCGUCGAACGUGACCACCACCGAUCGUGCAGCUUCCUGCUGGCGUAGACAAGACUGUCACUCGUGUACGCACGACAAACAUGGCUGCGGCUGGUGUCCAUUCUCAUCGACCUGUGUUCCGGCAUCCUCUCUCACACAACCAGUAUCAGACAAGAACAUCUGCCCCUUGGCCGCCGAAAAGUGGGAGCUUCGCACGAAAGCACUUGGUUGUGGCUGCUCUACCACCACACUUCUCAGCAUCAUUGUCACAAUCUUCGCCACGAUUGGGGCACUCAUUGUUCUGAUAGCACUGGGGUGGCUGUUGAAAACCCUCAAUCCCUUUUUCGGCUCUGGAGUGGUCUCUGGCACGGAGCUGAAACCCAAAGAAGGACCGUUUUAUGAGGAGCGUGAAUGGCGAAGACCUGGGCUGGGCAGUAAGCUGCGUGCUUGGAUGGACUUGAAACCUGAUUUGUCGAGCCAGAGUGAGCAGGAAGCUAUCACCGAGAGAUCCAGACUUCUUGGCUAGGCUUCAUGUAGAAGCCGACUACUGUAGUCUGUAUGGGCACACCGCAUACACAAACCUACCUUCUAGGACCGUAUAAACGACGCACAAGCAUUCUCACUCGACAGUACAACUUGCCGACCGUCCCUUGAUCUCCUCACUUCCUUACCUGGCCAACGGUUAGCAACUGCAUCUCCCCGAGAUUCUGUUUUGACUACAUCAAACAGCCUCAAGCUUUUUGUCAAGCUUCUCGCACAUACGGCGCGUUGGAGCUCGAUGCGUACCGGGUGCCGUCGGCACAAGGUGGCGCGAUGCCUUUUACCCUGCUAGGGCUGCGAAGGCGAGCAUACCAAAACGAAUGCUCCAAGUAUUAAGAGGAUCCGGCUACAAGGGUGUUGUGCGAACGACUGUUAGCUGUACGCUUCUAUAAACGUUUCUGAGAAUUACGAUACAACGCAAUGAAGCGCAAAGCGCAGAGCGCUCGAGAGUGCGCGGCAGACUACUCACCC